AUGUUCUGUUUAAUCACUUCUUGUUUGUACACGAAGUUGGCAUAACGCGUGAUAAGAUUUGUUUUCAAACAAUUAAAUUUUAUUUAAAAAAAAAAACUUGUGUAUGUGUUUUAUUGGAUAUUACAAGAACCCAGAAUUCCAGAAAUGCUUGCUUCAAAAAUAACAGUACCCUUGCCGAAGAUAGAAAAUCGAAAUGUUAUAAAGCCAUUGCUGUGCGGACCGGGACCCUGUGAUGUGUGGCCUUCUGUUGCUGAGGCUCUCAGCAAACCCAUCUUAUCGCCCAUAUGUGAUGAGUACUUUAAUGUAAUGGACGACAUACGCAAUGGUCUCAAGUAUCUCUUCCAAACAAAAUGCAAGCUGGUGCUUGCGAUGAGUGGUUCCGGACACUCUGGAAUGGAGGCCACCAUAACUAACCUCGUUGGACCAAAUGAGACCAUGCUGAUCGCGGCUAGAGGCAUCUGGGAUGAGCGCGCUUUGGACAUUGCCCAAAGAUACAAUAUCAACGCGAUACCUAUUCGUAUCCCAUUCAAUGUUACGUUCAGCUUCGAGCGUAUUGAGACCGAGUUGAAGAAAUGGAAACCGACGGCCCUGUUCAUAACCCACGGGGAUUCCUCGACCGGCACCGUUCAGAGGCUGGAAGGCCUCGGGGAGUUGUGUCAUAAAUACGGCUCACUUCUGAUAGUGGACACAGUAGUGUCACUAGGCGGAGUGCCGUUUUUAAUGGACGAGUGGGGAAUAGACGCUGUGUACACAUCCACCCAAAAAGUUCUUAGCGGACCCGCCGGUAUAUCCCCGGUUGCAUUCAGCGAGAGGGCCGAAGAGAAAAUAAACAACCGGAAGCACCAGCCGCCAUUUUACUUGGACAUCAAACUGUUGGCGCAGCAAUGGAACUGCUACGGGAACACACGAGCAUAUCAUCACACGUUGUCUGCUCCUUUGUUAUGGGCUCUGCGACAAUGUAUACAAGAAAUCUGUCAAAGAACCCUUCCGAUGUUCUGGAAGACCCACGCCGAGGUCGUAGCGCAUUUCCACAAGCGUUUGCAGCAAAAUGGCUUCAAACUGAUGGUCCCGAAGCCUGAAGAUCGCUUGGCGACUGUUACCACAGUUGUAUUACCGGAGGGCUAUGAUUAUAUAAAGUUCGUCAAAUAUAUGCGAGAAAAUUACAAUAUUCUGAUAUUCGCUGGCCUUGGGCCUACAGAGGGCAAAGCUCUACGAAUCGGUAUAAUGGGAGUGAACGCGACUACGCAAGUAGCGGACGCCGUAGCAGACGGAAUGGCUGGCACUUUGAGAGCACUUACUAAGUCGUUGCUGUGAAAAGUGUUAUUUGGUGCCUUAUAAUAAUUCUAUUAAGUUAAACUAAAGUUCAAUUGAAAGAACUUAUCUUAGGUACUGUAAACACUUCGAUUAAUUUUAUUUUAUACCAAAGAUGUAGUAAGUAUCUAUUUAUUAUUUACAGAAUUUAUUUUGUACCUACACAACAAAAAAAUGAAAUAAAAUAUUUCAUUUAUCUAUUUUCUAAUUAUUAUGAUACGAGUAGGUGUAGGAAAGUAAAAAGAAAAAAUCCAGAAUUCACAGAUAAUUUAAUGCAUACUAAAAUUGUAUGAUGUUGUACAGAAAUUUUGACCAGUUACACCAGUCAAAGCAAUUUAAUUUUACAAGUUUGGACGCCAAAAUAUUUGAUAAAAUUUUGAACCAAAAAAAAAACAGUCGAUCCCUUUGUAUAGUGAGGGAGAAUAUAAUGAGUGAGCUACUAAAAUAUAAUAUUUAUCAAAUAAAAACAAUGCAACACAAGCAACUUUAUAGUACCCUUUAUGGCUAUUAGUUUUGUUAUUCGCAAGCCAUAGGUGAUUAUUUCCUACUGUUAGAUUAUG